CGGUCGCUUCGGUGAGGCAGAGAGGAACCACACCGGCACAGGGGAAUCCUUCCUGAUGCGAGGACAGGAAAAAAAGAGAUGGGCCGGCCCUGGGCUCGGAAUUACCGCUCACUCACCGGGAUUGGAACAGUUGCUUCGGUCUGUUAAAAUGAGCAUCUUUGUCCCAGCGGAGAUGAGGGAAGAGAUAGUGGCCGGGGUGAACUAUCUGAAGGCUCUGACUAAUGGGAGCUACCGGCUGGAUCCCGUGUUGGUGGAGGUAUUUGGGGAGAGACUGAUGGAGAUUCUGUGCAGGAGAUACACCGGCCACUGGUACCCAGAGAAACCUAUGAAAGGACAGGCAUACAGGUGUAUCCGGAUCAACCAGCAUCAGAAGGAUGAAAGUAUAUUGGAAGCGUGUGCCCUGUGUGGCAUCACAGACACAGAUUUGGCACUGCCGAGGGAGAUAACUCUAUGGAUUGACCCCUAUGAAGUGUCUUGCCAACUGAGGGAAUAUAGUCAUCCAUACACUGUGGCGAGCUUUGAUCCCAUGGACAACCGCACUUUGCCAUCAAGCUUGGAGAGCGACAUCCCAACCACCUCAUUGGACAGUGGUAUAGGGAGCACCAGCCCCAGCUCAUCAUUUGCAUCUUCCAUAGGCGACAUGGGAGAAGAUAUGGACAGUGGGGUCGACAGCAGUACCGAGGAACUGGCCCACAUUUACUCAGAGCAGGCUACUUGGACCCCCGGUGGGGUUUGCCAAACUCCGCCCUCGAGAGGCUUAUACAGAACAUCUUCCCCACUAUGGAUCCCCAGUUGGAGAGCAGCAGACUAUAUGUACUCCAUGAAGAGCCCAGAGCAGAACUUCUGGAUGUAGGUGUAGGUCAUGGAGGUACGUCACCCGCAGGACACACUGGGUGGAAGACACUCAAUGGAGGCGCAUUGAAGCACACAGCAAGAAGAUACGGGGUGUAUAUUAGAAAGAAGAGGGUAUAAAGACUGACAUCAUUUGGAACAAUUGAUAUAUUGUAUGAACAAACCUGUUCCUAGGGGCUGCUGUGGUUGCAGCUUACUGACAUUGAGCUCUACUUAUGUAGAAAGUGGCACCAUCCUUGCCUUUUCAUUCGGUCCCACAAACACUGACACUAUAGAGAUCGUUCUGACCCCCCCCCCAGUUAGAUAAGAAAGUCUUUGCAUCCACUUACAGUAUAUAUUAAAUGUAUAUACAUUUGCCAUGUAUAGAAUUGUGUGCAGACAUGUACAGAGGAGUUCUUCUGCUGGACAGGAGCCGAAAUGUAUUUAUUUCUUAAUUUGAUAUAUUUUUA